AUGGGUGACACCAUGGCAGGGAGACCUGUGCUCUACCAGAAGCUGCAGCUGUGGGAGUCCAGCCUGGAGUCGGAGGAUGAAGAGGAAAUCUCAGAGUCUCUGGCUCUGGACCCCUGGAGGCCUCAGAACUACCCUGGGAACCAGGCUGGUGGUCUGCCUGGGGCCUGGCCCCGAAUAGUUGCAGCCCUGCUGCUGGUCGUCAUUGUCUUCUCCCUGGCUGCAAAGCAACUUCAAGCCAAGGGCUCCUCUCCAGCACCCCUGGGCACUGUGGCCCCUCCACGCAGCAGGCACACCCACAGCCCUGGAGUCUACCACCAUGGAGCCGUCAUUAGCCCAGCAGCCCCGUGUACCCACCUGGCCCGAGAGUUCCUUGCUGCUGGGGGCAAUGUUGUGGACGCCGGAAUCGGAGCAGCUUUGUGUCUGGCAGUGGUGCACCCUCAUGCUACAGGGUUAGGUGCCAUGUUUUGGGGCCUCUUCCAUAAUAGCUCCUCAGGCAACACAAGCGCCCUGAUGCCAGGCCCAGUCCAGACACUUGUCCCUGGUCUGGGGCUUCCCUUGGCCCUGCCCAGCCUGGCCUUGCUGCACAGACACUUCGGCCAUCUUCCCUGGUCGUACCUGCUCACAGGCCCUACCACUCUGGCUGAAGAGGGCUUCCUGGUGGACACAGCCCUAGCCCUGGCUCUGGCUACCCAGGGUGCAAAAGGCCUCUGUCCACUACUUUGCCAUCCUGACGGAAGCCCCCUGGGCCCUGGAGCCCGAGCCACGAACCCCGAACUGGCAAAGGUACUCCGCAAGGCAGCACUUGCCCCCAGCCCAGAGCUUGCAGGAGAUGCCUUGCUGAGUCCUCUGGUCAGAGAGCUGGGUCUGGAAGCACCCCCAGCCAGGUCCCUGCCCACCUUGCAGACAGCUCUGCUGCUACCUGUGCCUCAGGGCCUUCUGUUCACCACCCCCAGCCCUUCUGCUGGCCCUGAACUAUUGGCGCAGCUUGAGGCAGCCUUACACAAAGGAGAACCCAGCCCUGUCCCCUGCCCCCCACAAGAUCCUGCACCCCCUGGGAGCAGUGUCCUGGCCAUCGUGGACAGCAGCGGCUCUGUGCUCCUUCUGGCCUCCUCACUCAAUGGCUCUUUUGGAUCCGGACACCUGUCUCUGAGCACUGGGGUUCUGUUCAGCAAACUGGUGGCCGGAUCUUCAGCUACCCCCUGGGUCUGCCCACUCAUCUUUCGUGAUAGCUCAGAUGACACAGAGGUUGAUGUGUUUGGGCUGGUGGCUUCAGAGAGCCCCACAGUGACUAGAGUCAUAACUCAUACCCUGCUCACACACCUAGCUGGGGCCCAGCCUCAACACCAACAAGCACGGACAACAUGCACCAAUGUCUGUAGCCAGGAGACAGUGCUCCAGGUGGCAGUCCAUGCAGAGCAUGUCCACGUCUCUGGUGUCCCCAAAGACUGCUGCUCCUUUGAGGGGUUAUAA